AUGUGUCCUUCGAGCGAUCACGGUGGUGUACCAGCGAAGUCAGCGGAGUCCCAUGUCUUGUCAUUCAUUUGGUAUGCGGUUAACAAGUCUAGCAUGAGGAAUGUGGCAAGCAGGUGCGACCUGGCAGAGAGCUCUGUGCAUCGUAUGUUGCAAAGGGUGCCAGAUUUCAUCAUUGAAAUGGGACCAACUGUCCUCACGCUUCCUGAUGACAUGGACAAGAUGUCUAGGGAUUUUGAGAAGGUGUCUGGGGUACCUGGUGUAGUUGGCUGCAUAGAUGGAUCCUACAUCAAAAUCCAAUGCACAAAGAAGGUUGCAGCUACAUACUGCAACAGGCAUCACUACCUCUCCAUCACUCUACAAGCAGUCUGUGACAAGAGAAGACGUUUUGUUGAUGUACUUGUAGGGAGCUCAAGCAGAACCCACGGCGCACGUGUUUUCCGCCAGUCAUCCUUGGCCACUAAGCUUCCAGGCCUGUGUCAGGGUGACAAGUACCAUCUCUUGGGUGACGCAGCCAAUCCUUUGAGACAAUAUCUCCUGACAAACUACAGAGACUACAGGAACCUCUCAAAAGCCCAAAGGGAGUUCAACAAGAAGUUCUCAGCAACCCCUGUGCUGAUAGAGAAUGCCUUCAGCACUUUGAAGAAACGCUUCCGUCAACCCAUGUACUUGGAGCUGCACACGGUUGAUUGGCUCAUCAAAUUUAUUCUUGCAUGCUGCGUUUUGCACAAUCUUUGCAUAGACGCAGGUGAUACAGUCCCUGACGAGACAGAGGACACUGAGGUGCCUGGCGACACUCGAAACUCGAUGCGCAGUGAUGGGGAGGCAAAUUUGACACUGAGCAGUGAAGAGGCUGCACUGCGCAGACUGGGAGAAAUCAAGAGGUUUUGGGUGGAUGCUUCGAGGUGGAGCGAGAUCGAUUUUCUCAACAUUCCUCACGAUUCGGAAGUGGGUUACGUGUACGUGGUAGACUAUUCAUAUCCAGAAGAACUGCACGCGCUCACCAGGGAUUUUCCCCUGGCACCCGAACACAGACAGGAGAAGCACGGGUCAUCGUGGCAGUGUGGUAGCGGAAUGGGUGUACGAAAAGAAUUACCAUUCUGUCAUCAUGCUGGUGCAGUGACCUGCGCAAUGACGGCGCUGCGAUGA